AUGUUGUGCGCAAUCUCCGGCGAAGCGCCAGAGCAUCCUGUCGCAAGCCGAAAGUCCGGCAAUGUCUUUGAGAGACGACUGAUCGAAGCUUACAUCUCUGAGCAUGGCUCCGAUCCCGUCAACGGAGAAGAGCUUUCGGCGGAUGACUUGAUCGAUCUCAAGCAAGCGCGCGUUGUGAAGCCCAGACCGCCGACCCUCACCUCAAUUCCAGCCCUCCUCUCGACCUUUCAAAACGAAUGGGAUGCGCUUAUCCUGGAAUCCUAUCAGCUCAAGCAGCAGCUGGCAGAAACUAGACAAGAGCUGAGCACUGCUCUUUACUACAACGAUUCUGCGCAAAGGGUUAUCGCGCGUCUGCAAAAGGAGAGAGACGAGGCUCGAGAUGCGCUUUCGAGAGUGUCUGUCACUGGUGCUGCGAAUGGCGUAAAUGGUGCAAAUGGAGAUGCCAUGCAGGUAGAUAGCCAGGCUCUCUCAGAAGUGGCGCUUGCGACCAUCGAUGAGACACAGGCACGACUUUCUUCCACUCGGCGCAAGAGGCCUGUACCGGAAGACUGGGCGACCGCCGACGAGAUACAAUCUUACGACAUCAGAUCUACUGUGGACACGCAAUUCACAGGCGCCAAGUUCCUCGCUUCGGACCAGUCUGGAGACUUUUUCCUCACGGGAGACUCAGAUGGCACAAUGGGCGUCUAUGAUCUCUCUCAAGGCACUUUCACUACUCGAACAAGUCUCAGCGCCGGCGCGAUCCUUGGUGGUGCUUGGGCUCACGAUAAGCAAGCCUUAUCUACCUCUUCUGGUGCUGUUGUAGUCGCCCAGGAUGGUGCGAUUAAGGGCAAGUUUCAGCAGCACGCAGGUGCAGCUACGGCGGUAGCAGGACAUCCCAGUGGCAAACUUUUGGUCUCCGUUGGCUAUGACAAGAGCUACAUCAUCUACGACCUUGACUCCAUGAAAGUUCUUACACAGGUAUACGGUGAUAUUGAACUUACCACCGUUGCGUUUCACCCUGAUGGCCACCUUUUGGCAGCUGGAGGAUCGGAUGGUUCCGUGCGACUUUACGACGUCAAGACUUCACAGCUGGCGCACACAUUCCCAGCACCCUCUGCUGCAACACCAGUCAUCGCCCUGACGUUCUCAGAAAAUGGCACAUGGAUCGCUUCGGCGAACCAAGGCCAGAACAUACUUACAGUUUGGGACUUGAGGAAACUCAAUGCGCUUAAGACCAUCGACAUUGGGUCAGCGGUCACUGGCAUUGCUUGGGACUACACAGGUCAAUAUCUCGCAGCAGGCGGACCUGGUGGGAUCGUGGUAUCACAGUACUCGAAGAGCAACAAGUCUUGGAAUGAGCCGCUGCGCAGAGCCGUGAAUGUUGCAGACGUCAAAUGGGGCGCCAAGGCAAAAAGUCUGGUAGCGCUGACUGGCGAGGGAGCUGUCAGCGUCAUCGGCUCAUAA